CCAGCACUCAGUAGUUGUUGUUCGAUAGUCUUGCUGAGCAGCCAUAAUUUCAAUUCCAGUUUAUUAUAUUUUUAUUUUUUUUUAAUUUUGAGGAGAAAAAACCGCAGAAAACAAACGUGAUCACAAUAAUUUAAAGUUUUAAGUGGCCGGUCAAAGAAAAAGUCAAACAUUGCAAAUUCAAUUCUACAAAAAUCCUAUUUUGCCGCACCCCAAGUCAUUUGAAAUUUGUUAUUGAAGUUUCACAUACUUUUUCUAAUUUUAUUUUAUACUAUUAUUGUUUGUAUCAAAGAAUAAAUAUAAAUAUAACCGAAAGACACUUUAAUUUAUUCGUUAGAAUGAAAUCAACCUUAAUAAAAUAGACACUGUCAAGAAAUGAUUUGAAAUUUGAUCAACACCUGCUUCGUAUUGAAAAUAAAAAAAUGUGUUAUUUAAUAAUAACUGGUGGAAGCCUGGUGUGGUUUCUUUUGACGCUAACAGCUGAUAUGUUUGUGAUUUCAGCUAUAGUUACGCCCAAAUGGCUAAUUGCUCCCGCCCCUCAUUCAAUUGUUAUACCCCGCGCUAUACUGAAUAUAAAACAGGAUCUACAAGGCGAGCUUGAAUCACCCACUACAUCAUUGCGUUACCCAUCGGUUGGCAUUUACACUAGAUGUAAGUCCAUGAAAGAUAUUGGCUUUCAUUGUGGCCCCUUUGAUUUGGAUGGAUUUGCGACGGAUAGUGAAAUUUACCCUACAGCGUGGAAGGCCACUAUGUUUUUUGUGUCAUUGGGCUUUGUUCUAUUAUCUCUGACUGUUGUGUGCACCUUAGUGUCUUGUUGCCGACAGUCGAUUUUUGGCAAAAGUAUACACAAUAUGACAGCUUGUGCACAAGUUAUUGCAGGUAUAAGUGUAAUGAUGAGUUUAUUUCUGCAUCCAUUGGGUUGGUCAGCACAUCGAGUUCAGCUCUUAUGUGGUCCUGAUGCUGAGCCUUUCUAUGCUGCUGGUUGCUCUAUAGGGAUAUCAUUUUAUUGUGCGGUAGCUGGUGUAUUGCUAUGUUUUUUAUGCGCUGGAAUUAGUCUGAAAGCCGAAUCAUCGAAUAUGCGGUCACGAGUAAAAAGGCGGGUAGAAGGAGGUGAUCGACUUUUAAAUUUAAAUAAAAAUUUCCCGAGUCCGAAAAACUAUAAUGCCUGAGUAACGGAAGAACGUAUAUAUAAAUAGCUUUUAUUUGAGAUAUUGAUCAUCAAAUUCUACCAUAUAGUUUGGCAGAAAAUAGGUUUUCCACUGAAAAAUUUACUUGUUUCUAUUUUUUUUUUGCCGGCACUGUAUAUAUUUAAUUAAAAUGUUUAUUAAAUUUGUAUGAGUGUAUAUGAGUAUAGAUAGAAUAUAAAGAUUCCCGGCUUUCAUUUGAUACCAAUAUUAGCAUAUUAAUUACAACACAUAAGAAUAUUUGAAAUAUUUGUUUGAAAUUGUAAGUCCUUGGAAUUUUGAAGUCCUUUUAUAAGGACAUAAGAGCUGAUUAUUGAAAACGGAGUAUGCAGAAUUACUAUAAAUGGCCUCUAGUUUCACAGGCAUAUCAACUUUUCUAUGUGCGAAAGCUUUUUUUCAAAAUUGUUACAGGGUGUUAUACGUUCAAAAAAUGUAUUCAAUAUGUAUGUGUACUUAUUUAUUUGUACUUAACCUUAAGAAUUAAAAUGUUAAAUUAUGUAUUAAGAUAUCUAAAAAAAUAAAAAGGUUUAUUUGCAAAAUAGCUUUUAUGAUAAGUUUUUAAGC